AUGUUUCUUGCAAAAGCCGUGUGUCGUCGUCGGAAUUCAUCACCAUCGUUGUUAUCCUUUGUACCAACAACAAGCCUUCGGAGAGUUUUUAAAAUUCUUUCCCAAGAACAACACAUCAACCAUACGACUAAUAAUUUUCAUGAAUGGGCUCUUUUGAAUAAUACAACAACCACCAGAAAUUUCCAUUCCUUUUCUCUUCAACUUUACGCAAAGAAAAAGGCUGAAAAAACGAACAAAACAACGGCUCAGCCAUCAUCGUCCAAUCUUCAUCAAGAAUCCAACUCAUCCCCAGAACAGACAAAAACAACAACAACCAUCACGGCGGAACAAAAUGCCAAAGUAGCACCUUCCCCAGUGAAAGAACCCAAAAAACAGUUAACCUCAACAGAGCUCCGAUUACUUAAACAGCAAGAAACCGUUGCUUUGCGAAAGGAACGAUUGAGUGAUGUGGUGAACAAACUUUUUAAGCCCAACCACAGCCCUCAACAAAAUAAAUCGUGUGAGGAAAAACAAACACAACCAUCGGACUCAACAACACAAACCAAAAAGAAGAGAAAGACUAAAAAAUCAGAAGAAAAAGUAGUUCCCCCAUUCGUACUUCAACCUUACACAAAUCCAGAGAUUGACUCGAUUUUUUCUGCUAUUCUCUCCAUUUCACCAAAGGCAACAAUCAAUUUACUUUCAAAACAGGAACCUGAAGAUGAAUUCAUUACUGUAUUGAAAUCAAAGAGAGCUAAAGAUCAAGGAAAUGAUUUGCCACAACAACAAUCUUCAAUCUCUCAAUUUUCCGAAAAACAAGUGAAUUUCACACAAUAUACCAAAGUGGAAACCUCAGUAUUAGACACCCCACUUGAAAUGACAGAUGAGGAACUUGCAGCAGAAGCAUUCCCAACUUCUAAAAUGCCAAAUAUUAAUGACAACGACGAUAGUGACAUUUUGGAAUACCUGAAAGAAUUGAAGAAUCGAAAUUCACAACACAAAACAAUCAAACAACAAUACGAAAUGGGUGAAAUGACUGCAUCCGAUGAGGCCUGGAAACAAGUUUUGGAGAAACCAGAAUCAAGUCAUUUGGAGGAAGAUUUAAGCGAACCAGUAGUUGCGACAACAACGCCCAACUCCAACACAGGUCCAACACAAUUGAAACAUCACUCUCCACACAAACGCGGGUCUGCAAGAUACGAUCAGGAUGAUGUUGUGCUUCAAUUUUUGAAGGAUCUCAUCAAAUAA